AUGAUGUUGGCGUCUCACAAUUCCACAGGUUCCACAUUUUCAACUUCUUCUUCUUAUUCUUUGACUGCUUCUACUACCACCACAUCUUUUUCUUCUUCAUCACAUUGCAAAAGGAUCCCAUCUCGUCAGGCUCUUAGACAGGCAAACGCCCAGUUGAAUCAAAUCAAACGUGCAGAAAAGCAGUUCAAAUCGAGAGAACAACAACACAUUAUCAAGCAAUUGCCCGUUGUUCAGCCAACUAAACCUUUGUCAUCGCCCAAAGAGCAAUACUUGAUGUUUUCGAAGUAUGAAGCUAGACUCAUUAAAGAAGUUUGGAUAUCACUCGAUGUGUGUCUCGAUUUCGACAUGUACGACUCCACAACCACCAUUCAAUACGAUGUGCUGAACCGAGACCAAUUUGAGUCGAGAUUAGCCACCAAGUUAUUUGAGUUUUGUAAACCUGCAUCCAGCAGUGGAGAAGUCAGUUUAAGAAGAGGCGAUAUACUCGAACGCUUUGAAUUGCUGAUAUCGCGAGAGAAUUUAGCCAGAAUUGCAGAAGACUAUCAAAUUCACCAGCUUGUUGAGCUUAUAACGAUGGUGAUUCAUCAAUUGUCGUCAAACCAAGGGGUGGUGUCAUAUCUGUAUAUUCUGCAAGUGCUGAAGCAAACCAGCAGAAUCUACCAAAUGACAAUGAAGCAUUAUAUCGUUUUUGCUGAAUGCUUGGUGCUGACCAUUAUCGAGGUCACCAUGGUCAAUGCCCAAGAGCAAUUUGUAUUCAAUAAAUUUCUCACGCUGCUUUUUGCCGUGGUGGGAUUCUACAUUAAUGAAAAACAAGUGAUACUAGAGCAGACACCAAAAUCACUCUUGUUGUCUCAAAAACAACAGCAACCAGCACCAGCAACAAUACAGCUGCUUCAUCUUGCUACAUUUACGCCUACUUUACAACCGAGUGCUGAAUUCAAGUACCAUUCAAGCGACGAAGAUGAAGAUGAAGAUGAAGACCAAGAUCAGGUGCCGCUGCUAUUAGCUUCAUACGAUCUAACUACUCCACCACCCCCACCACCAACAACAACAACAACAGGUUUUUCUUCAAGAAGAGCUGCAUCGAUCCAUCUGUCGGUCUAUUCUUUGCCAUCUACCCAUACGGAGCGCUCUUCGUGUAUGUCACUUCGUCGAAUGGAUUCACUUUCAACGUAUGAUUCAUUUGGUGACGAGUCGCUUAGUUUGAAAGAUAUCAAGGAUUUCCUUCGCCGCUUUGAUGAUGAAGAAAGUGUCAUUGGCGACGACGUUGACGUCGCUUUUGACUACCUAAACAUCUUCCUGGAUGAAAACCCGACAACACCCAAUGACAACAAGAAGAAGCAAAUAAAGAGUUCCCAAAAAACUGCAAAAAAGACCAGUCCCUUGGCUCUGACGCUAGUGAACAGAAAAGAAGAUGCCGCCACUGGUGGUGCUGUGUUUGGCGGUGACUUGACCAAAAUCAAAUCCAAGUCGAUGCAAGCCAAGAUGCGAAACAAGAUCCUCAACGCCGGUGAAUCUGCUCUCGCUAGAGUCACAGCCAUGGAUCCAAGAUUAGCCAAGAGGGCAACCAAUCUAAACCUAAAUGGCCACCUCGACAAAACCAAGCCCCGAGAAGCCGAUGCCAAGUUGAAGCUCAAGCUGAAUUCGAAUUUGAAUUUGAAUUUGCACCAAGUUGAAACGGGGACCAGCUCGCGUUCAAUUGCAACUGGUGACACUUACACCACCACUAAAAAGACGUUGGAUCCUCUUGAAUUCGAAGAGACGUGUGUUAUUACAUGA